AUGGCUUCUCAGGAGAUUGUUCUCGACGAGAUCCAGUGGAAAUCACCAUCGCUUGUACAGCAAAUGCUGGGUGUUCACGAGAACUCAGUCCUCCACUACUUUGCCGGCUCCCCAUUCUUCGACCAAACAUCGAACAAUGCCGUCCUUACCAACCAAGCCAUGUUUAAUCCGAAUAUGCUCGAAGUUAUACAGACGCGUGCCGCAUUCGAGGGCCGGUUGAAGACAAUGUCGGGCUUGGAGUUUCUCAUUGCGGAACAGCCUGCAGAGAUGACGCCAGGAACAGGAACUGGGGUAUGGGUCAUUAGGAAGCAAACACGAAGGAAGAAGGACAGAGAUGAAGACGAGAUCACCAUCCAUUCAACAUACUUCGUCGUCGGCGACAACAUAUAUAUGGCCCCUACAGUGGCAGAUGUUCUGGGAAAUCGCACGAUGUCCAUCAUUUCCUCACUUAACAGAUUCAUUACAAAAGCCGCUGCACUCCCAGAAUUCAGUCCUGCGCUAGGUCAUGUAUACACGCAGCCACCGACUGGAAACCGACUCAAGAACGGUGAAUCGCAACUGAGUCAAGGCAGCAAGGAGAACACCCCUCUUCCGGAGUCACUCCAAAAUCCCAAAAAGCCUAACCCCUCCGCAUCGACAAGCGGGGCUGACUAUCUCGACAACCGACUUCUUGAGGAGACAAUCAAUAUAAGUCUCAGGUACGGCGACGAGUAUAUGGACGAGAUCCCAAUCACUGGAGCACCUGGAGAAUUCCAUCUAUCAUCUACCGGAAGGAAGGACAAGGAUAAGCUGAUGGUGCCAGCAAUCACUAAAGUACCGACAUCAGUACCGAGUAAGCCUGCCACGCCAGCCCCGCCGCCUUUGAAGACGGACGUCCCGCCAGAGAGGAAGAAUAGCAAGGCGGAGAAGAGUCCAAAGACGCCUGGAAUGCCAAAGCCGAAACGGAGAAAGAGCAAAGGGCUAGGUCUUGGCUCCGGGGGGAUGAGUCCAACAGCGACUUGA